AUGGUGUCGCUGGCGCGUGCCUUCGCCGCCCUGCUGCUUCUGGGGCCGUGGCAGCGCGCCGGCGCAGCCGAGUUCGUCGUCGGCGACGUCGCCUUCGGCUGGGACUCCGGCGUCAACUACGCCGCCUGGGCGCGGGGCCGCGCCUUCGCCGUCGGAGAUGUCCUAGUUUUCGAGUACGUGAGCUCCCAGCACAACGUGUACGAGGUGAGCGAGAGCACCUACCACUCCUGCGACACCGGCGGCGGCGGCAGCGGCGUGCGCGUCAGGUACACCAGCGGCUACGACAGGGUGGUCCUCGCGGAUGCCAGGAGCUACUGGUUCAUCUGCGAUUUCCCCGGCCACUGCCUCGGAGGCAUGAAGCUCGCCGUCAACGUCUCGGGCGCCGGUAGCCUGUCGCCGAACGGUAGUAAUGCAGCGUCGCCGGCCGGUAGUAAUGCAGCGUCGCCGGCCGGAGGAGGGCGCCGGAGUUGGUUGGCGUGGGGUCUGGCUCUCGGUGUUGUCGUGUCGAUGUAA